AUGUCUUUGGGAAAAUCUGUGACUCUUAAUAAUGGAUUGAAAAUGCCCUUGAUCGGCUUGGGCACAUACCUCUCCAAACCUAAAGAGGUGGAAGAUGCCGUGGCCCAUGCCCUCAAGAUCGGUUACAGACACAUUGACUGUGCCCGUUUCUAUGAAAAUGAAGCAGAGGUCGGCCGAGGCAUCAAGAAAUCAGGUGUGCCUCGUGAGGAGAUUUUUAUCACUUCCAAAAUUUGGAAUAACCACCGUCGUCCUGAGUAUGCUCGUGCUGCUCUUGAAGGCAUGCUGAAAGAUCUUCAGGUGGAUUAUGUGGAUCAAUUGCUUAUCCACUGGCCAAUAGCCUUCAAGCCUGGUGAUGACAUGAUUCCAAUCGACAAGGCUACUGGCAAGGUCAUCAUUGAUGACUACCCCAUCAGCGAGGCCUGGAAAACCUACGAACAAUUCUUAGAAGAAGGAAAGGUUAAGAGUAUUGGUGUUAGUAACUUUAACAUCAAAAAGCUUGAAAAGCUCCUUGAGACUGCAAAGGUUCCUCCUGCUGCCAACCAAGUUGAGCUGCAUGCUUAUCUUCAACAGCCCGAACUUGUGAAGUAUUGCCAAGGCAAGGGAAUUGCUGUUGUUGCUUGGGCUCCACUUGGUAACCAAGCCUCUCCUUUAUCAAUCAGAGACAAGGUUCCCUCGAAGAGAGUCAUCGAUGAUCCUAAAGUCAAAGAGAUUUCUGCCAGAGUCAAGGCUGAUCCUGCACAAGUACUCCUUGCCUGGUUUACUCACAAAAAUAUCGUAGCAAUCCCUAAAAGUGUCACUCCUUCCCGUAUCGAAACCAACUUCAAGCAAAUUGUGUUGGAUGCUGAGAGUAUUGCCGAAAUCGACGCUCUUGAAAAGAACCUUCGUGUCGACCCUCCUGCCUGGGGUGUAGAUAUUUUCGACCAAGGUCCAGAAGUAAUGGAUCCCAUUGAGAAGGAUGCUAUCGAGGCCAGAUUAGCAGGUAAGGCAGGCUUGUAA